UUCGAUCGAAAAUUUUGCGUCACGUCUAAGGGGUACAUUGGCUUGGUCCCACCAUAUACUGAGCUUGGAGACAAGGUGUGUCUUAUCUACAGCGGAACGACACCAUGUUUGCUUCGUGAUGUUGGGAAAGAGAAGCAUGCCUUGGUUGGGGAAUGCUAUCUGCAUGGGAUGAUGAAUGGCGAAAUUUUGCCUGAGUCUGGUGAUGAAACUUUGUUUUUCGUU